UCUGCUGUAUCACUUGCAGUAAUAAUGCACAGGGCUUGUGUGAAAGAGCUGGACUAUUGAUCGUCUAUUUUACGAAUCUUGAACAUCAUAUUGAAGGACACUUUUUUGCAAUAAUUUAAUACAAGAUCAAUGAUUUAUUGCAAAUUCUAUUGUAUGCCUGUGUAACACUGCUUUAGAACUCUACAACACCACUGAAGAUCGUUUGGCAUCAUGGGAGCUGGUCCAUUUUGGAAGCUUCUCAUGGUUAUUUUUAUUCCGUGUAUAAACUGUCAAGGAUCCUGCUUCGUACUGUCUGUAGGAUAUGCUUCGAAAGAUUCGGGGGCAACGAUUGACUACAAGACAAAUGUUACGUACUCAUGUGCAAGAGGAUACAUCCUUACAAAUGGCAAUUUAAUAAGAACAUGUCAAGCUGACGGCCAAUUGGAUGGUAUUUCCCCAACUUGUACUCGAGGUUCAAGUGCGAUUAGACUAAGAAACGGCAGACAUAAAAAAGAGGGUCGUGUUGAAGUACUUCACAAUGGAACAUGGGGUACGAUCUGUGAUGAUGAUAUAGACAUACAAUUUGCCAAGGUCGUAUGUCGACAGUUCGGAUAUGCUACAGACAAUGUGGCGGUACGUUCUGAAGCCUAUUACGGUGACGGUGAUGGCCCGAUUUGGCUGGACGAUUUUACUUGUCAAGGAAACGAAACUGUGAUUGAUUUGUGUUUGUUCAGCCAAUGGGGCCAGCACGACUGCCUACAUUCUGAAGAUGGCGGAGUUACAUGUAGUUCAAGACAGAUUAGACUACGUAACGGUUCAACGCAAUUAGAGGGUCGUGUUGAAGUUUUUCACAAUGGAAAAUGGGGUACGGUCUGUGGGAAUGGUAAAGACACAAACUUUGCCAAGGUCGUAUGUCGACAGCUUGAAUAUGCUACGGACAAUGUGGCGGUACGAUCGAGUGAAUAUUUCGGUGAAGGCAGUGACCAGAUUUGGCUGGGCGAUGUUAAAUGUCAAGGAAACGAGACUAUGAUCGAUGUAUGUAUGUCCAGCCCAUGGGGACAGCACAACUGCGGACAUAAUGAAGAUGUGGGAGUAACAUGUAGUUCAAGUGCUAUUAGACUUGUUAAUGGUACAAGGCAAUUCGAGGGUCGUGUCGAAGUAUAUCACAAUGGAACAUGGGGAGCUUGCAAAGUACCGUACGUAAGAAGCGCCAAAUAUGCUAAGGCGGCGAUUAGUUACAACACGACCAUUACGUACACAUGUGUAGGAGGCUACAUCCAUACGAAUGGCAAUUUAGUGAGGAAUUGUCAAGCUGACGGUCAAUUGGAUGGUAUUUCCCCAACUUGUACUAUUGGUUCACGUCUUAUUAGACUACGGAACGGUACAACGCAAUUAGAGGGUCGUGUUGAAGUACUUCACAACGGAUCAUGGGGUACGGUCUGUGGGAAUGGUAUAGACACAAACUUUACCAAGGUCGUAUGUCGGCAGCUCGGAUAUGAUACGGUCAAUGUUGCGGUUCGUUCGAGUGCCUAUUUCGGUGCAGGUAGUGACCAGAUUUGGCUGGACGAUGUUUUAUGUCAAGGAAACGAGACUGUGGUCGACUUGUGUAUGUCCAGCUCAUGGGGACAGCACAAAUGCGGACAUAAUGAAGAUGUCGGAGUUACAUGUAGUUCAAGUGCUAUAAGACUACGUGACGGCUCAACGCAAUUAGAGGGUCGUGUUGAAGUACUUCACAAUGGAACAUGGGGUACGAUCUGUGAUGAUAACACAGACUCAAACUUUGCCAAGGUCGUAUGUCGACAGCUCGGAUAUGCUACGGACAAUGUUACCGUACUUCCAAGAGCCUAUUACGGUAGAGGUACUGGCCCGAUUUGGCUGGACGAUGGUAUUUGUCAAGGAAACGAAAGUGUGAUCAACUUGUGUAUGUUCAAACCUUGGGGACUACACGGCUGUUGGCAUGGAAGAGUUGUUGGAGUUGCAUGUAGAGCUUGCAUUUUACCGUACGUAGUAAACGCUUCCAGCGAUACUGGGGCAGCAAUUGUUUACAACACGACCGUUACUUACACAUGUGCAGGAGGCUACAUCCAUACGAAUGGCAAUUUAGUGAGGACUUGUCAAGCUGACGGUCAGUUGGAUGGUAUUCCUCCAACUUGUACUCGCGAUUGUGGCACUGUACCAGCGGUGCCACACAGCACGUAUACAGUCCCCACAAACACACUCCUCGGUGCACGUGUAACGUACUCGUGUAAUUAUGGGUAUACGGUGUCGGGUGCAAAGACCAUUGCAUGCUUGGCAAGCGGUUGGGCCACACGACCAGUCUGUCAUCCAGUAACCUGCUCUGUACCGGACGCUUCUAAAACUUAUUGGGCAACGAUUGUUUACAACACGACAGUAACGUACACAUGUGCAGGAGGCCACAUCCAUACUGAUGGCAAUUUAGUAAGGACAUGUCAAACCGACGGUCAAUUGGACGGUUCUUCUCCAAUUUGCACUCGAGAUUGUGGCACAGUACCAGCAGUGCCUAACAGCACGUCUACAGCCCCAACAAACACACUCCUCGGUGCACGUGUAACGUACUCGUGUAAUUCUGGAUAUACGUCGUCGGGUGCAGGGACCAUUGAAUGCUUGACAAGCGGUUGGGCUACACGACCAGCCUGUCUUCCAGCAACCUGCUCUGUACCGGACGUAGAAGACGCUUCCAAGGAUUCGGGAGCAACUGUUGUUUACAACACGACCGUUAUGUACACAUGUGCAGAAGGCCACAUCCAUACUGAUGGCAACUUAGUUUGGACAUGUCGAACUGACAGCCGAUUGGAUGGUUAUUCCCCAACUUGUACUCGAGAGUGUGGCACUGUACCAGCGGUGCCUAACAGCACGUAUACAACCCCCACAAACACACUCCUCGGAGCACGUGUAACGUACUCGUGUAAUUCUGGAUAUACGGCGUCGGGUGCAGAGACCAUUAAAUGCUUGACAAGCGGUUGGGCCACACGACCAGUCUGUCAUCCAGAUGUAGGCUAUGACUGUACGGACAUUACCUGUGCUGACCCCAAUGCUGUUUGCGAUGGUGACGCUCUACUGUGUUCGUGUCCUACUGGGUUCUUUGAUAGUAACGGAGUCGCUCUUGGUGGGACGUGUGAAGUCAAAUCUACUGAAGUAUCUGCGGUGUUAAUAGCUGUUCCGAUUGCAUGUGUGGUGGUUGUGAUUCUGGCUGUGACCACCGCUUGCGUCUUCAAGCAACAAAGAAAUCGAAUUGAAGCUGACCAGGGAAAAAGUAACAACAGAAUCUCGGAAAGAAAUGCCAUAAGUCUGCAAACGUUCGUAUCAGAGCAAGACACAAUAUACGAGAACACAGAACUUAACGUUGAAGCAUGGAAUGAUUAUGACGAGAUUUGAUUUCGUUUUCGUUAAACUGUAAAUAUAUUUUUAAUAGGAGUCAAUGUGUACAUAUAUUUUGCAAUGAUUAUUUCAUUUGAUUAACAUUAUUGUUCAUAAUCAGUAUAAGUUUCACAUUGAAUGGCCCUACAUAUUUUCUUAAAGUUAUACAUGCUUUAUGAAAUAUUGGAUGAAUAAUGGAGGCUUUAAGUUAUGUUAAAAUAGAAUGUUCGUAUGUAAAACCAUCAAAGCUAGAACUAACAUUUUAUUUGCAGCUUAAAAACUUCACUCGAAUGUGUCAUGUGUUUAAUAAGUGAGAUAAUGAAAUGCUUUGUCACGAUUAAGAGUAUCUGCAAAUCGAUUAGAUGUAAACGCCUCUAGAAGGCACAAACCAGAUGCAACACCACAUUGUUAUAUAAUAUGUAUUUCAUUUAAUGUACUUGAUGAUGAUAUUCGUUUCAUAUUAGAAUGUCAAUUGUAUGAAGAUUUAAAAAAACAAACAAGAUAUGAAAAAAUAUUAAUAUACUUGUUCAAGUAUAUUUCAAUUGAUUGAAAUAUACUUAUCAGAAAAAUGUCAGUUGUAAUAGAAAUAUUUUUGUCUAUGUGCAUAAAGCAAUGGAAGUAAUGUAACAUUUACCAUGAAUUACUAACGCUAUAAGAUUGGUGUGAUUUUUUUGCUUCGUGAUUUGCUUGUGCAAUAUAUAUUGUUGCUACAAUUUAUCUUGGAAUAUGUAUUUAUGCGAUCUAUAUUGUUCCGUGCCUAAAUCUUGAAAUAUGUUUGUCAUCAGCUUAAAUUUACUCAUGGGUAUUUUGCCUUGAUUUUUUAUGAUAAAUAAACUCUGAACUCCAUAAUCGAUGUGAAAAUACGCCCCCAAAAUUAUAAGCAUUGGCAUAGCAUUAUUUUUGAAUGCUAUAUAAUUUUAAUAAUGAUAAUAAAAUCGAUUAUUUUUUGAAGGAUAUGAUGUUGCUGUUUAAAAUUCUUCAAUUGGGUUUAUUGAAAGCAUUGACAAAAAAUGACCUACGAAUUUAUACACCAAUGACGAUUUGCUUAUCGCACGACUUGUGAACGCACAGCGCAAAAUAGUUCAGUUUAAAGCUGCAUACAUAAUGGUUUGUGCGUCAGUUUAUAACUACUGUGACUAUUGCCAGUAUAUAACUACUGUGACUAUUGCCAGUAUAUAAAAACUGUGUCUAUUGCCUGUAUAUAGCUAUUGUGACUAUUGCCAGUAUAUAGCUACUGUGACUAUUGCCAGUAUAUAGCUACUGUGACUAUUGCCAGUAUAUAGCUACUGUGAUUAUUGCCAGU